CACUCCAUUAUAAGAAGAAGAUAUUUUUAGUUAAAUCAUCAGUUUUAUCAAUUGAGCCUGCCAAAAAUCAUUCACCAUGAAAGUAGCAAUUGUCCUUUUUGCGGUGUUAGCUGUCGCUCUUGCUGCUCCCCAAAAUCCGGAUGCUGAGGCUGUCGUGCUCAGACAAGAAAAUGACAACAUUGGCGUAGAGGGUUUCAACUGGGCCUAUGAAACAAGCAAUGGAAUUUCGCAUCAAGAAGAAGGUCGACUUAUCAAUGCUGGAUCAGAAAAUGAAGCAAUCGCUGUCAGGGGUCAAUUCCAAUACACCGGAGCUGAUGGUGUUGUAUACACGGUCAGAUACGUAGCUGAUGAAAACGGGUUCCAACCGGAAGGUGCUCAUUUACCCGUUGCCCCAUCAUAAGUAACUCUUUAGAACGGUUUUGUUAUGCAAUAAAUUUGAAAAAAUCUCA